GAUCCAGAAGGGGAUGAAAGUAGCUAAUGUGCAACGGGAAUCCUGAUUUCAGAUACAAACCUUCACCUUUCCAUUGACCUUGCUAAUAUGCUGCAAGCUAAAUAUUUAACAUUUUUUUGAUCAACCUAAGUCCAGCCUGGGGAGAAGAAACAGUUAAAGAAAUGUCUCAAGCAUACUUGCAUUCAGCUAAUCAGACUUUGUGUGCAUCUAUGGAUGGUACAGCACUGAAAUCAAUCACUGACAAUGAAACAACAAAUGAAAAAUGGACCGAAGACUCUUUUCCAGGAUUAGAAAUACUGUGCACAAUUUACAUCACAUAUGCUGUGAUCAUUUCAGUGGGUCUCCUUGGAAAUGCUAUACUCAUCAAAGUGUUUUUCAAGAUUAAAUCAAUGCAGACGGUUCCCAACAUCUUCAUCACCAGCCUGGCAUUUGGAGACCUGCUGCUCCUCUUAACCUGUGUGCCUAUAGAUGCAACACGUUACGUGGUGGAUACCUGGCUCUUCGGAAGGAUUGGGUGCAAGCUGCUGUCUUUCAUCCAGUUAACCUCAGUUGGAGUGUCAGUGUUUACCCUGACUGUUCUCAGUGCUGACAGGUACAGAGCCAUCGUGAAGCCCUUGGAACUGCAGACUUCAGAUGCGCUCCUGAAGACCUGCUGCAAAGCUGGAUGUGUUUGGAUUGUCUCCAUGAUAUUUGCUAUCCCAGAGGCUGUUUUUUCAGAUUUGUAUUCUUUCAGCAAUCCUGAGAAAAAUGUAACUUUCGAGGCGUGUGCCCCCUAUCCUGUAUCCGAGAAGAUUUUGCAGGAAGCUCAUUCCCUGGUUUGCUUCUUAGUGUUCUACAUUGUGCCCUUGGCUGUCAUUUCUGUCUACUAUUUUCUCAUAGCCAGAACUUUAUAUAAAAGUACAUCCAACAUGCCAGCAGAAGAACAUGGUCAUGCCCGUAAGCAGAUUGAAUCCCGCAAGAGAGUUGCAAAAACAGUGCUGGUGCUUGUUGCUUUGUUUGCCUUUUGCUGGCUGCCUAACCACAUCCUCUACCUGUACCGCUCCUUCACAUACCACUCUUCUGUAGAUGCUUCCACCUUCCACCUGAUAGCGACGAUUUUCUCCCGCGCCUUGGCCUUCAGCAAUUCCUGCGUCAACCCCUUUGCCCUUUAUUGGCUGAGUAAAAGUUUCCGGCAACAUUUUAAAAAGCAAGUCUUGUGCUGCAGGGCAGCGUUUCAUAGAAAGCCUCCCAGUGCCACCCAGAGCAAUUCUCCUACCAGGGCCCUGUCAGUCACGGGCAGCACCCACGGCUCGGAAAUCAGUGUCACGCUGCUGACAGAUUACAGCAUCACCAAAGAGGAGGAGAGCGUUUAGUUCACGUGGGAUGAAGGACAGAAACUGAGCCUUUGCAGUCAAGUCACUGCCACUGGGAUCCUGGAAAGAGGUGGCUUGCCCUGUCUGUGAAAGUGUUUUCAUCAGGAGUUUCUCACUUUAAAAAAUAUACAAUAAAGAAAUCAAACCAAGUGGGAAAAGAAGCUGCAGCAGCUGAACUUUCCAGCAUAAGCUCAAAGGGAUGGCUUAUGUUCCCAACCAUGAACACAGAUCCCUAGAUGGAAUUCCUGGACUGGGCAAGAGAGGAAUUAGCAGAGUUGGUGUGAGAAUUGGCUGUGAGGAUGGUUUUUUUCUUGUUGACUUGCUCUUUGACUUGUGACUGAGAGCUCCCUCUAAGUACUUGCAUCUACAGCAAGCAAGAAAAACCACCUGGUCAUAACAUGAUCAACCAGGCAGAAUUUUGAUUUAUUUAUUUUCUUGUCCUGAUUGUUAAAUAUAGGUAAACAUCUCAGAAAGAAUGUUAAAAUGAAAGAAGGUUAAGGUUUGUAGCACUGUGAAGUAAAAAAAGUAAAGCAUUAUGGGCCAGAUCCACAGUAGCCUUUGCUCUGUCAGUGACUUUGAAACUCUGGCUAAGAGCUGACUGCUGUGUAGUGAGAUGGAUGCUCUUCACUGUUCCUGAGGAAAUCAAGGGAACCAGCAGGUGAUCAUCUCUCUGAGAAAACUAUAAUAAUCUUUAACAACACUUGUAAAAUUCUUUGUGACC